GUCUGCGCAUCAAAAACAAGGAAGAUGGCAUAGAACGUAGAAGUAGUAGCGGCGAUAAGCGUUGGGAAACUACUAUUCACAGUGCCUUAACAGCCUCUCUCAAAUCGACACGUGCAUCAGGUCGACGUAUUGCCGCAGUGCAACCAUCUGCGGUGUUAUUAGAAUCGUUUGCUGUGAUAGCUUCGCGCAACAGCCAGCGUGCAUCUUCAUCUGAAGUUGAAAUGGCCCCUGUCGUGUUGUCUGCCAGCCUACAGGGUUCAGGAGAUAUUUUGGUUCCUGGAAAAGCCGGAGAUCAAAGUGCUCAUCUGAACACUGAAAAUGAAGAGCAAAUUGCUGCUGCAAAAACAAUUGCUCAGAACUUUGGCCACUCAACUUCCAGGUUGGCCAAAAACGCACCAAAUUCCAAUCAGGGCGACAAGAACACAGAAGAGCAAAACACAGCUGUUGGCACAAUAGAUGCAGCGCCUCGUGAUAAUCUGAACGAUAGCAUUUCAGCCGGUGAUUCGAGCAGAAAACAGGCCAUGUAUGACAGAAUGCUUGCUGAAGACGCAACUUUUGAGUUGCAGAUCUCGAAUUGCAAAGGAGACGACGCUGAGCACCAUGCGAGUAAUGUGAAUGGUCAUGGAAAAAUGACAGGUGUUUCACAAGAAAUGUUCAACUACCAGAACAGAGCAAGAAGCAAUAACGAGAGAGUAGUUAAUGAGUGUCGUAGUUUGGAUGAAUACUUGAUUGCAUUGGAUGUCGGUGACAGGAGGAGUAAAAGUCAGAAUUCAAACGAAGUGUCCUUCAUCGACAAUGGUUCAAUAGGCCAUCACGCAGGUGGAGAUGCCUCGUUCAGCUACAGAAGGGGAUCGGACAGGGCCGACACUCCGACGGAAGACAUGCGGGAACAGGUAGAACAGGAGAGACUGAGGCGGAAACACUGCGAGGACCAGAUCAAAGAGCUUCACUCUAGGUGUCUAGAUUUGGAGCAGCAACUGGCAGUGGCUAAAGACUCGAUCCGGAAGAAGGACAACAGUCUACAGGGUCUGGACCAGACUAUGAACCAGCUGAUAAGCAAAUGGCGCUCACAGGAGAAUGAUCGCCAGGAGAAGAUAAAGGAAACUGUGGCUGAGAAGGAUAGACUGGCGACAGCUGUGAGUAGUCAGCAGGGAGUGAUUGAGACAUUCGAGAAAGACUUCACAGAGGCGAUCGGACAGAUCGAGUUCCUACAGCAGAAGAACAAACGUCUAGAAGAGCAAUUGCACUCUACCGUAGAGGAAAAGAAAGCGGAUAGAGUUGAGCUGGAGAGGAAAAUAGGAGACUUGGAGAAGAAGAACGAGGGCUGGAAGGGGGAGAGGGAGGAGUUACUGAAGCAGAAGAACAAACUAGUGAGUGAAAGGGACAAGUUGAAAAAAGAGGCGGAGGAAACUGGGAAAAAGAUGGAUCAAUUGCAGAAUAAGGCCAACAAAGAGGCUUCUACGGAGAAAAAACUUCUGGAGGCGGAGUACAAGAAAUGCAAGGACCUCCGAAAAGAAAUCACUGGUCUGCAGAAAACUUUGGAGAGUCUCAACCAGCAGUUGGAGAGUGAGAGAAGCGAGAAGAAUUCUCUGGCGGCUGAAAUGGAGAGUCACACCAGUCGCCAUUCGGCAGAAGUUAGCCGAGUGCGUGAGAAUUGUGAGCGGGAGGCGGAGGCUAAGUCGGAGCGGGUGGUUCAGGAGGCGAAGAGUGAGUGGGAGUGGCGGAUGGGGGAAGAGAGACGCCGACACAGUGCGGAGAUGAGGAAGCUGGAGACCACUUUCAAAGUCGCCAUGGAGAGUGUUCGUAAUGAGUUGGCGAGCGAGGGGGAGGAGAAGAGGAGGGAGAUGGGAAAGGUGGUGGAGGAGUUGGAACAGAGGAACCACUCCCUACACUCGCAACUCAGUCUCCUACAAGCCAGACAGCACACCACACACACCCACACCCUGGAGCUUAAAAGAUGCUUCGAGCGGAACUACGUCGAAGUAAUGAAUCUAAUCGACAGAACCAUGAGCUCAGAUAGUCACGUGACCGCAGAACGGGAACCCUACAAGCGACCCGCUUCCGAACAAGACUCAUAUUCUGCAAUGGUACCUCAGAAACUUGUAAAUUCGCCCAGCCAAAAUUUACAGUAUGUGCCAAACGUCACGCAAGCAGCAAAUUUCAGCUCAAAUGCAAGCUACGCUGCUGCAGCAAAUGCUCAGCAGCUGUCUGCAAACUACUCGAACCCUUCGACGGCAUCAAUUUCUCAACAUCUGGCCUUUGGAUACCGACAACAAGGGAAUCCAAAUUCGAUCCGGGAGAGUACAGCUAACGCUAGUGGACUCCUGGGACCCACUGAGAGGCUUGAAUUGCCCCCUCCUAUGGGUGGGGGGCUGCCGUCAAGUGGAGUAGGGAGCAGAAAUCCUGCCACAACUGGGCUGACUAGCAGUACUCCGGCAGGCGUCCAGUUUUAUUCAGCGGGCACUACUCCUUCAGAUGAGACGGAGACUGCCCCCUUCGCCAGUCGGGAGAGCUUUGACCAGGAGGCAUACGGAGACACAGAGGAGUCCAAGGAUGCCCAAAGUGGCCAUAGGGCUAAUGAGGAGGAGUCAAAUUAUGUUCAAGGGCACGGACAUCCAGCAGGAGCUGGGGGAUCAUACUCACACUACUCUCAUACCUCGUCCAACGAUUCCAAGGAGCAGAGCGGCAGUGGCAGUGGGGCAUGGCAGUGGCCGUCUAUGCACUCCACGAACAUGAGUGGCAGCUGCAUGAACUCCAGUGCUCUUCUGUUCCCCAUGUCCAAACACUCACAAGCAGGACGGCUGGAUAACAUGUCCAACUUCCACGCAGUUAGCUCGACGUCCUUCGAAGACUCGAACUCAACUUCAAAGUCAUCAAGGAAUCUCAUCAACGCAAACAUAUCACUUCCAUUCCAUUCAUCGUCAACUCAUCACCAAGACUCAUCGACUUCGAAAUUGUCAUCUAAACAAACGAGUUACUCUCACGAGCACGAAACAGCCAAUAGGAGUGCAUCAUUGAAUGGUUCGGUAUCCAAUCACUCAGGUAGUUCAAUUCCACACGCGGCGGGAGACAUAACCUCACAUAGCAGAAAUAGCAUGACGAAGAAAAAUGUGAACAGCAGUUCAAGCGCCGCCUGUAGUAAGUCGGGAUCCAGUUCGGCAAAGAGUGUCGGCUUGGCGCCCAGUGCGAGGUUCACAGUCUCAUUUCACUCGCAUUCCGAGUCUCCAUCGCCGUUACUUCCACCGCCUAAUGAAAAGUCGAGAAGCUCUUCGAGUAAUUGUGUGAAGAGCAGGAAGUUGUUUCAUUCGUCAGGAGACAGCCAAUCUAACGAUCUGACCCAGGGAAGCAACAGUCACAGUGGAAUUCACUUGUCCAGUGGGUGGCGCAGUCUCAGUCCGGACUCGGGCGACAACCGAGACCCCAGAGAUCUGAGAGAGGACGAGGAUGAUGGGUAUGAUGUAGACGACCAGCUACUGAGUGACGUCAGCAGCGAGACGCUAGCCAUAAACAGUAGCAGUCCUGUGCCACGUGGUAACGAACAUGAGAAAAACGAGCUUAGUUCCAAUCGCCAACCAAUUGGCAACGGACACUGUAACAAUAUUAUCGGACAAAAAGAGGGCAAAAAACGUCUGUCGGAACUGACAACUGCUAGAAUUGACAAUGAUGUCCAAAGUGACCGAUUGAACGACUCUCGCAGUAGUAUAAACAGCAGUAUCAUAACCAGUGGUCAUUUGAUGUUAACUAGUAUGGAAAGGCUGGGAAGUAAUGCGACACCACCAGUGAAGCAACCAGCAGGAGCUACAUUGGGUGCUGGGUCUAACAUGGCCAGUGUGACGAUGCCUUCUGAUGGCAGUGGGAAGGAACUGUCGACUGAUGUGAACUUGGAGCAGAGAGACAAAGAGUUGCAGAAUUACAUACAAAUGCUUCUGAGUAAUCCUGGAGGCCUUGGCUUCGAUGCUUUUAUGGGCAGCGGCGGCAGCGCUAACAACAACAACAACAGCAAACAAUUUAAACAUAAUGAAGCAGUGCUGAGUGAUUCUGCCUCAGUAGGGGUAACAGAAAACCAUCAUCAACACUAUCAUCGUCAUCCGCACAGCGAUGACAGCGUGGUAAAUGGGGGGAAUGGGACUGAAAGUGGAUUCACCAGUCAAAGAGAAAGCAGCAGCCAGAAAACCUCUGUAAAUGGUGCGGCCACACCCAAUGGCAAUGCUGGUGGAGCUGUCGACAAGAGACAGGGGGUGAAUGCGUCUAACGUAAAAAUGUCUUCAAAGGGAACAACCAUGGCCAAGCCAUGGAAGUGAAAAAAUUGGCUGAUGAUUAUCUAAACUACUCUUGCCAUAUGAUGCUACUUAAUUAUUUUCAAGUGCCUUAAUUUUUUCGUCCAAAAUGUAAAUUUUGCUAAAUAGUUAUGUAAAGUUCUGUGAAGACAUUUUUUUUUCAA